CGGAGUGACUCUUGAGAUCUAAACAGCGAGGGGCAAAUCAUCUGAGUGGAAAGACACAACCCAUUCCGACUUUUCCUCCCACUGAGUGGUCUCCCACUGGAGCGGCUGGCCAAGUCUUGGACAAAGUCCUUUAGAGAGCCCCCUCAGUUCUGACAGGAUGACUCUUCUCAACUACCCAGUUCCAGAGUUGGACACUACACUGCGAGAAGUGAGCCGUGUUCUGCAGCUCACGCUAAGCCCUGAUCUUUACCUGGAGUUCAAAAGCACCCUGGAACAGCAGAGGAAUGCCCUGGAAGAGGCCCAGAGGAAAUUAGAGGCCAUUGCAACAGGCCAAGAGAACUGGGUGACUGAGCAGUUCAAGAGGGGUUUGCUUUCUUGUGCUGACCCCCUGCCUACUUCAACGGCCCUCCCGGUUGUUCUUCUUCCAUCUAAAGUUAAGGGAUGCUCUCAGCUUGGGAGGGCAGCUGCUCUGCUCUGGGCAGCAGCAAAGCUGUACAGUGAACCCCUCUUACUGGAGGGCGAUGUUCCUAUGGAACACACUCAGCAGUCUGAAGUGUUCGCCGCCAGCCGCAUUCCUGGCAAGAGCCGAGAUGAAAUUAAGGUCUAUCCAGAUAGCCUCCACGCCAUCAUCACCUGUGCCGGUGGAGCAUUCCCCGUUGACAUACUCUGGCGUCCCAGCACCGGUGGACCAGUUUCUGCACGGUCCUUUAUGGACAUCUACAAUCAACUGGCCCAGGUGAUGGAUCUGCCCAAGGCUGGGAAACAGAAAGAUCCCUCUCUCAUCUGCAGCCUCUCAACUCUGGAGCGCAAGUCCUGGGCUUCCCUCAGGGAAGAGAUUCUCAAGCAAGGAGGUGAUGUGCGAAAAUCCCUCGAGCUCAUGGAGAGCGCCAUCCUUACACUCUGUCUGGAAGAUAGUGACGCCCCCUCUGAAAUGGCUGACGUCCUCAAUGCAGUGAGGCUGGGAGGAGGAGGAGACACUCCAUGUCUGAGACAUUAUGACAAGGUCCUGAACCUUGUUGUGUUCAAAGACAGCACAGCCGGGAUGGUGUUCGAGCACAGCGCUGUGGAUGGAAUGAUAGCUUCUCUUGUGACUGAACGUGUGUACCAUCUGUCUGAGACCGUUGAUUUAAACGUUGUCAAUAAUGCCUUAGAAGACAUGACCAAGUCUGAGACAACAAACACUGUUCAUUCUGCAUGUCCAAAAGCCCUAGUGUUCCCCUUUGAAGGGAACCUCCAACAGAACCCUGUAUUGACAACAGACAAUCUAGUUCUCACUUUUGAUCUACCCUCAUAUCCUGAUGUGUUUUCUACCUUUAGAGGGCAGAGGGGCUUGUAUGAUGCUUGGGUCAACUUCUCUUUGCAGCUCUCCCUUUGGCAGACUCUUGGGGAGUCUGCUGCCAAACACAUGCUUGUCACACCUACACAUAUGCGGCACUACAAACAUGGUCGCUGUGAUCCCACGUACUCACUCACAAUGCACUCCCGGAAGUUAGUUAAUACCUUGGGAUCUCGCAUUGGUCCUGAUAACACCAUCCACUACACUAAUGACUUACUGCAGCUGUUCCAUUUUGCCUUUUUAGAGCACAAGAGCCUUAUCAGAAGCACCAAAACUGGCCAAGGUGUUGGUCCACACCUGGCUGCUCUGCGCCGGUCUUUACCAUUUGACAAUCCAUUAAGAAAAUUCCUGGAUCCCUUUGGUUGUCCAUCUGUAUACCUUACAGGUUCUGACAUGAUGGAAGGUGUAGAGUGUGGAGUAGGGAAUGCUUAUGCACAAGACCAACUUGCUGUAACCUACCUUGGAAAGAAAGAUAAGGUGCGACUUGUACUGAAUGGAAAGGGGACAUUUGCUGUUGCUCUGAAGGAGCUUCAAGAAAACUUCAAGAUGAGCUUGAAGUUGUUGAUGCUUUUAGCUGUUAGGUAUGCCAUCACAAGCCAAAUGGGGGCACUAGAUUGCCUGUUCAAACAACAAAAAACAGAGCAGAUGCUUCAAUGCCAAGAGAAUGUAGAGAAGGGCAAAUGUGCUAUUGACCCUGUAUCUGGCAUGAACUCUGACUACAUUCUUGUGAUUCAUGGUGGUGCUGGAGAGGAGAGUAUGCUGAACAGCAAAGUGACAGAGAUGAUUGAAUUUGCACUGCAAACAGCUUUAACCCUUGGGGCCCAAAUUCUUGAACAAGGUGGCAGUAGUCUGGAUGCUGUUCAGAGGUCUGUGGAAGCUUUGGAAGACUGCUUUUUGUUUAACGCAGGUAGAGGUUCAGUUUUCAACAAAGAUGGCAAAAAUGAAUUGGAAGCCACCAUUGUAGAUGGAAGUCAAAUGAGAUCAGGAUCUGUUGCUUGUGUGAAAAGUGUAAAAAACCCUAUCAAAGCAGCCAGAUGUGUAAUGGAGAAGAGCUCACAUGCACUGAUUGUUGGGGAAGGAGCUGAAGAGUUUCUGCAAGGGCUGAAGGACAAAGAAAAGCCAGUUGGGCCAGAGUAUUUUUACACUGAUAUACGUCACAAAGAGUUACUUGCAAACAUCAGUGGUGGAAAUGCCUCAAAAAACAACCACCCUCAGACAGUUGGAGCUGUGGCCUUUGAUCGUUGGAACACAUUGGCAGCUGCUACCUCAACAGGUGGGUUGGUGGGAAAAUUAAAAGGACGAGUAGGGGAUACUGCAGUAGUAGGAGCAGGGAUAUAUGCAGAUGACAAGGUAGCAAUUACCUGUUCUGGAGAUGGAGAUGUAUUUUUAAGAAGCAGUGUGGCAGAGAAAAUAGCCAGUCUAUACCACAACAAAGGCUAUAGCCUUAGACAGGCCUGCAAAGAAGUGAUAGCCCAAAAUCUGAAAGAUGUGUGUGCUGGCAUCAUUGCUGUGGACAAAAAGGGUGAUGCUGUCAUUGAAACAAAUGCUGGUGUGAUGUUUGUCGCCUCAAUUACUGGUGGUAUUUCCAGGGUAGAAGUUCUCAAGCCGAUGAAGAACUACAUCAAUGUGAUCUGGGAAACAGAAGAGCUGGUUGCUUACCUGAACCCAAACCCUUGGACUCCUGGGUCAACCAUUCUGGCUAGAAAAAGUCUGAGUGGGGCUAACAGUAUCUUUCAGUUGCCCACACCUGAUUUUGUAACUAUGUUACAAGGUGCAAAAACAGUAUCAAACUUGCUAUGUGAGCGACUGGGAGUACAACGUUGUGCCUUGAUUUGUAAUCCAAUCCCUGAUAAACCAGCACAAAUUAGAUUACUGCCACUUUAUGGAUUAGAACCAAACUGGCAACCUCAUCUUGCCAAAGAAGAGGAGUUCCACAGUUAUGAUACAGGCUUCUGUAACUCAAAAAGUGGCCCACGCUGGAAUGAUGAGGCACUGACUCAAGUUCAAGCCAAAAUCAGAAAUGCACUGCCUACACCAAAUGCACCAUUUUGCUUUGACUACUUUGGUGACCCUUCCAAUGAUAACCUGUUUAGCCGGAUUGUACGGGGAGAACAGCAACAAUGGAGAGUGUGGGAAGACAGUGAGCAUGUUGCUUUCCUUACACCAUACCCAAAUAGACCCGGUCUAACUGUUGUGGUACCGCGCAAGCCUCUGUCCAGUGACAUUUUCAGUCUACAAGAUCCAGACUACAAAACUCUCAUUUUGGCCACAUAUAAAGUUGCUCAACUGCUGCAGGAAGGAAUGAAGGCUUCAAGUGUUGCAAUGAUCUUUGAGGGGUUUGAGAUUGACCAUGCUCAUGUUAAGCUGGUGCCUCUGCUACCUUCACCAGAUGGGACAAAAGCUGCCGAGCUACAACCAGAAUUCUUCCAAACCUACCCUGGAUUUGUGUCAUCCUUGGAUGGCCCACCAGCUGGUGCUGAAUCUCUCAAAAACACACACUUGAAAAUCACCCAGUGCAGACCUCCUAAUUCAUGGAAAGAUCCUCAACUUCACUCCACUCUGGCUAUGAAAAGCCAGUGGUAUCGCAACCUGUUCCAAAUUCAAAACACUUUGUUCCACAGCACAGUGGAAUAUUUCCACAAUUCCUGCCAUUACUCUUACGCUCUGACCCCUCUCACCACAGACACCAUAUCUUCACCAAUGGGCCUGGGAUCCGACUCAGAGCCAGUGUCUGUAAGUCUGCUUGGUCAAGAUGUGUACCUGGCUGACUCAAUGCAGUUUGUUCUUGAAUACUUCCUUCGCUUUCAGGAGAACCUACCCGGAACCUAUUACAUAUCUCCAAGCUUUAGAGGGGAAGAUCCAGACACCACACACUUGAAUCAGUUCUACCAUGUAGAGUGUGAAUUGGUAGGGGACAUGGACAAUGCCAUUUCCAUUGCAGAGGGAUACUUGGUUCACCUCACCAAGUCUAUGUUGAAAAAUCACUCUGACAUAGUCCAGAACUCUGCUGGAACCUUAGCACACGUGACAAAAAUCCUGAGCAAAAUGGAAGGAAAAACUGGUCUUCCAAGAAUCCCUCUGGCUCAAGCCAUUUCCAUGAUGCCCUCUGCUGACUGCUUAGAAUGGGUGCAAGAUGGCCAACCCCUCUUUGGUAGGAAGCUAACUCGCAAAGGAGAGCACGUUUUAAUAGAGAAAUUUGGUGGUGCUGUAUGGCUAACUGAGAUGGACCACCUGGGAGUUCCCUUCUACCAGGCGUAUAUGGAGGGCACAGGACGGUCCAAAGCCAAAGCAGCAGACCUUUUGCUGGGGCUGGGUGAGACUGUUGGUCUUGGUGAACGCCACCCCACCGCUGAGGUGGUACGAGAAGCUCUCAGGCACCAUGCAGUACCAGAAGAGUCUUACAAAUGGUACAUUAGCAUGCGCAAAGUGAAACCUCUCCUCACCAGUGGAUGGGGCAUGGGGACAGAGCGCUAUUUGUGUUGGCUGCUUCAGCAUGAUGACGUUAGAGAUCUGCAUAUCAUACCAAGGAUGAAAGGAUUAAAGUACAUGCCCUGAUCAUACAAUUACUGCAAACAAUCAGGCCAACAGAUGUAAUAUAUUUGUGGUAACUGGUCCAAACUACAGUAUAAAGUAACAGUGUAGAUUCAAGGGUUCGCAAAUACAUCAGGGAUGCACCAUUUGUAACUUAGAUCCAAAUUUCUAUUCUUCAGCUUCUAAACAUGUUCUGUAGCCUUUUAUCUUGAUUAUUGAAGCUUGCAAAUAUUUUUAUAACUCAAUAAUACACUGGAUACAACUUACAAUGUAGUGAAGUUACACCAGAUUGAGUUGUGUUUCUUAUCGUUAAAGUGUCAAUUAAAUAAAACACAAAUUUACUUAUAAUCUGCUUUCAUCGCAUUAUGUUAGGACAGAUAACACCAAACAAAGUAACAGUUUUCAAAAUCAAGGAUAAGAAAUUUUUUGUUUUGUUUUAUUGAUGGUUGUGUUCAAAAAUCAUUAUUGUUGUCUGUCAUGUAAACCGGUUUCAUACUCAUGUUUUUGUCUUUUCUGCAGCUUGCCUUUUUAUGCAAAUGAUUGCUAUUUGAAUUAUGUAUCAUUGUAGCAAAUAUACAUUUGUCAGCAAUCUGAAUAACUUGGAGAUAUGUUUUGGCAUUUUCUGAAAAAAAAGAAAGUACAUUUUGUUUUUUUUUUGGUUUUUCUACUAGCUUUCACCAGUGUAAAAUUUUAUUGUUUCAUGGUGGAAUAAAAUUCUUUCCUUUGCAACAGUUUUCUGCAUAUCUGUAUUGACUUGCAAAACAGGUCAACAGCCAUCAAACAAUGCUAAGUCAUUUAACAUUUAUUAAAUUUUUUUCUCAGGGGAGGAUUGACCAAAAUUAUGACCAUUUUGAUGUUUUAUUCUAUUGAAAGGUUACCUAUAUCUGAGAAAGAUGCUGAAUACAGAGCACAACUGGAAGAAAGAAUUAAAGCGAUGGUGAAACACUUGAGAAUUGAACACUGAAACAUAGUCCUACAAAGUUUGUUUUUU